UCAUGCUGCUGCCAGGUCCAGAGUCUCUCAUGGGUCCCUGUACGGCCUCCCAUUGCUGCUGUCUCCAUCGCCACACUCUGCCAUGUGCCACUUUCAGGUCUCCUCACACUGCUGGUGUGUUCCAUUUUUUUGUCAUAGGGUGCUGGCAGAUUACGGGCCUCCCAUAGCUGCUGCCAGGCCCCUAAUCUGCCAUGGGCCCCUAUACCACCGCCUCCUCAUGCUGCUGCCAAGUCCAGAGUCUCUCAUGGGUCCCUGUACGGCCUCCCAUUGCUGCUGUCUCCAUCGCCACACUCUGCCAUGUGCCACUUUCAGGUCUCCUCACACUGCUGGUGUGUUCCAUUUUUUG